AUGCCGACGCCUCAAGCUUCUCAACUGACACUCUUUUACUCCCCGGCGGCUUGCUCCUUCGUUCCCCAUGUCGCCCUCUGCGAGGCAGGACUGGAUUUCCAGCUGGUUCUCACUAAAAUUGGACAUAUGACGAAGGAAUUCGAAGCCAUCAACCCAAAACGACGAGUACCGGUGCUCAUAAUAAACAAAGAAGUGAUUACUGAGAUGUCCGCCGUCCUCACAGCAAUCGCAACCGUUGCGCCGGAAGCACAUAUCUUUGGGAAAACUCCGCUCGAGAAAAUCCGAGUCUACGAGUGGCUCAACUACCUCUCGACAACAGCGCAUGGUCAAGCCGUUGCAGAAAUAUGGCGAACUGAGAGGUUCACAAACAAUCCAGAGAUCUAUCCUCAACUUCGGGCCAAGGGAUACGAAACUAUGCGAGAAAUUUUCGCUCACAUAGAAGCUAAAUUUAUCGAAGGAAACGUCACAGAAUUUGCAGUGGGAAACGCUUUUACUGCUGCUGAUUCUUUCCUCACGGUUUUAUAUCUCUGGGCAAUCCGAUUCAAAGAGGUUACGAUUGACAUUGAUAACGACUAUCCCAUCGAGCAUGAGCUCUCCGAGCUCCACGAAAGACAAGCCACAGACGGCGCGGUAUCGAACUUGGUCGAGUCUCCUCAUUCCAAGGCGGCAACGAGCCCUAUUCCGUCGAGAAACAAUGUUGGUAAAAGACCAGAUUGCUUCAAAAACACUUUUCAAGAGAUUUGUUUCAUUUUAAUGGCCACGCUGGCCCUAGCAGCGAACAGUCUCGUCACUGGUGCCAUGAUAAUUGUCACAGCUUCAAUCGGAAGAGACCUGCACAUGACACAGGCUCAAAUAACUUGGAUUAGUGCCGCAACGACUCUUUCUGCAGGAGCCCUUCAAUUGCCUCUAGGCCAGCUUACCGAUCUUCUCGGCCGCAAGGCUUUCUUCAUUGCGGGUAUGGUUGGCUUUAGCGUAAGCAGCCUCAUACUAGGAUUUUCUCGAAAUCCGUUCUGGAUGAACAUUCUGUGUGGCUUUCUUGGCCUCUUCUCAGCUGUGAUUGUCCCACCGGCGAUUGGAAUACUCGGAGCGGCGUACGCGGAGCCGUCAAAGCGCAAGAAUUGGGCAUUUGCGUGUUUCAGCGCGGGCAACCCUGUCGGAUUCGGACUCGGCAGUAUCAUCAUGGGAAUAUCUGCUAGGAUAUUUGACUGGCGUGCGGGCUUUUUCUUCUUCACCAUCCUCUGGGGACUAUUAGCCAUCGUGUCAAUCUGGGUUGUGCCUGACAUCGAAGCCUAUGAGCCUGGGCCAUUUGGGCAAGAUUACGUGCCGGUCUUAGGCAAUUCGAUAUCGUCGGAACUGCUUUGA